CUGUACGCCAGGCUUGCCUCAAACUAAAAAAUUCGCCUGUCUCUGUCUUCCAAGUGCUGGAAUUAAAGGCAUGCUCGGCUGCUAAAGUUAAGUUUAAAAGUUUUAAAUUUCUAAAAAAAAAAAAAGUUUUAAAUUUCCGUGCUUAAGAGAACUAUAAAGCAAAGUUAAUUUGACUUCCAAAAGUUAAGGGCUGUUAAGGGUUAAUUGUUUACUGCUGUUUCAGCUUCUGUAAUAAAUACUUGUUUUGGACAAGGGGACCUUCUGGUCGCAUUAGAACAGAAUAUAACCUUGUAUUCUUUGCCUUCAAAAACUCCUGGCUGAGUUGGCUGGGGCUGCAUUCAGGAAUGAGUGCCAGGUAUAGAGCUAGUUUAGCGCUAGCGUCUCUUUGAACUGUGAGUUGGUGGCACACGCCGUUAAUCCCAGCACUAGGGAGGCAGAGGUAGGAGGAUCUCUGAGUUUGAGGUCAGCCUGGGGUACAGAGGAAGUUCCAGAACAGCCAGUGUUACAUAGAAAAACCCUUCUUCAGAAACCAAAACAAACAAAGCCUCUUCUUUCUUAAAAUUUAACUAAUCAUACUAACCUUACUUUUUGGCUUCUGUAGUUCUGAUUCUAGCUAACUGUUCUUGUUAACUGAAAUAUGUUAACUCAGAAUGUUUUUUUUUUUUUUUUGCUUAAAAUCUCACCCCGAGAAAGACUUGGUGCUACACCGGGUUCCUGAACACCCAGUGUAGUCACCGGCUGACUAAAGACUCUACUUCUAUGUCCAAGCAGUCUUCUCUGGUGGAUACCCCACAACACUAGGACAGGAAGGACUACAUAGAAAGGUCCUAUCACAAGCAAACAAAAACAAAGAGGUUGAGGCAGGAGUGUAAUGGUCUGUCCUGUCCCUUUAAGAGACAAGCCCCACUCCUCAGCACUUCUCAUCCCGGCCCACUACCCUAAACCUCUCCACCACUGAGCUUCCCUUCCCUCCCCCUAGUCUCUCUUUUCCUAUAAGACCCAGGCGUUGUGACUAGGCGCUCUCUUGGCCUCUUGAUUCUCUCUGCCCUGGGGGGUCUUCUUUUGUCUCCCUCUCUCUUCCUCUCUCGCUCUGCCCCUCCCUCUUUCACUCGCGGCUCCGUCUGGUCUGUUCUGCUGGCCACGCUCACUAUGGCCUCUAUUAGGUGUCUCUGGCUGUGCUUUCCCUUACAUCUAUAAUAAAAACCUCCUCAAAUUUCAUUUGUAUCUUUUGUUUGAUCGACUUCAGGUAAUCCAUGUUUCCCAUGCUGUACUAGUGUAUAGUGUAAUGUCUUUAUUAUUUCCUUAAAGUUCCAGAUGCAACCAGGUGGUAGUGGCACACACCUUAAGUCCCAGCACUGGAGAGGCAGAGGGAGGAUUUCCCAGUUCACCCUGUAACCUGGCACUUGUGAUUUUUGUGUUUAAAUACUUGCUUCAGUAGGCACGUGGGAUCACGGUUCUGUGGCCCUGAUCUAUCAACCCUCUUCUUAUCCCCCUUCUUUUGUGCUGCCCUAUAGUCAAUUUUUAAAAAGAUUUAUUUAUUUAUUAAUGUAUACAAUGUUUUGUCUGCAUGUAUGUCUGCACGCCAGAAGAGGGCGCCAGAUUCCGUUGUGAAUGGUUGUGAGCCACCAAGUGGUUAACGCGAAUAGAACUCAGGACCUCCGGAAGAGCAGACACCCUACAUUAGGUAUUGCCUUGAGGUAUCUAUCGUCUUGUGUCUGCUUGGGUUGAUUCGGAGCCUCGGACCACAACAAAAUAUGAAUGGAUUCCGAUCCAUUCUUCAGGCUCCUACGACCACACCCACGCGCUGCACGGACACCGCCAGGAGUGAUGCCAUUCCUUGCAGGCCCCAGGAAGUCCCUACCCAGUUCUUAGCCCGGAAGUCCGCGGGACAGAAGCCCGGAAGUUCGAGAGACGGUUCCCUAGUCCCCUUCCGCUAAUUCGGUACGCACCCCUCGGUUCCCGCGCAAGUGUGUGUCCCGAGGCGUUCUGGUUCCGAUCGGCUGUGCUUCCCGUUUUCAUGUUCAUGCCCCGCGUGGGUCAUUGCUUGCGGACCUGGAUUGGGCACAGGGCAGGUUGAGCAAACCGGGCGUGUGCACUCCGGAGGAGGAGCGAGCGGAACGGGCCGCUUGUGGAGCUUGUUGCCGAGUCUGCUGUGAAGUGAAGCCCAGGUUCCAGGGAUGUACAUGCAGGUGGAGACACGAACCAGCACCCGCCUCCAUCUGAAGAGGGCCCCAGGCAUCCGGUCUUGGUCCCUGCUGGUUGGAAUAUUAUCCACUGGCCUGGCUGCCGCCUAUUACAGUGGAGAUAGUCUGGGUUGGAAGCUCUUCUAUGUCACAGGCUGCCUGUUUGUAGCUGUACAGAACUUGGAGGACUGGGAGGAAGCCAUUUUCAACAAGAGCACUGGGAAGGUCAUCUUAAAGACAUUCAGCCUCUACAAGAAGCUGCUGACUCUUCUCAGAGCAGGCCAUGACCAAGUGGUGGUCCUGCUAAGAGACAUCCAGGAUGUGAAUGUGGAGGAGGAGAAGGUCCGUUACUUUGGAAAGGGCUACACUGUGGUGCUCCGGAUCGCGACAGGCUUUUCCCACCCCCUUACUCAGAGUGCAGUCAUGGGCCGACGCAGUGAUGUGGAAGCCAUUGCCAAACUCAUCACCAGCUUCUUGGAGUUGCACCGCCUGGAGAGCCCCUCAGAACGGUCCCAGAGCAGCGACAGUGAAGCCGAUGGCCCUGGUGACCAAAGCUGACAGCGUGGAGCAGCUGCUGGUAGAUGCCACCCAUUUCUGACAUGUCUCCAACUGACUUGCCCGUUAUGAGGGUGCAGGCAGAUCUUGUGUGGACCACCUGCCUUUCGCUUGUUUACGCUUCUACGCUUUGCAGAACCAUGGGCUGGACAUCUUCCACAACCCAGAAAGGCGGCAUCUAUCAGGAUGCGGGAGAUGGGUGCUACAUCCAGAGGAGGGCAGCAAAUCAGAAAUGAGUGCCUUCUCCAGAGACAGACUACAGCUCUGGCUUAGGUCACAGCCUGGUCUGGAUAAGCUCACCCAAGGGCAUCCAAGGUAUAAGACGCCAGUCUUUCUUCAGCACAGGCCUAGUGUCUGCCUUGAAGAGGCCCUGCCCCCAGGCUACCUAGUGAGAUUGAGACACCCACAUGCAUGGAAGGAGGACCCACUCCUGUGCACGGUGGCGACUUGUGCUAUAAAUCCUGAUGUCUCCUCUCCUGGACCAGCCCUCCUCAAGAUGGACAUUCUUGGUGGUCAGGGGCUUCCCUGAAGGCAGCCUGAGUGCUGCAGACUGUCCCGUUCCUGCCUGGACCGCUGAGAGCCCAGUUUUGGAGCACCACUGUUAGGAACAGAAGGCUCUCACAACCCAAACUGGGAAGAAGCUGCCAGUGGAGGAAAGGCCACCUCUUCUGGUUUUCUGCAGCCUUUGAGAACCCGGAGCUCCUUUACAGAAAUUGAGUCUUAGCCUCCCAAGCCUUGGAAAGACCUGGGAAAGACAGGCACACGAUACACAUCCCUACAAAGUGAGGCAGGAAGAAAGUUAAAGGCCAGCCUGGGCACGGCCUCUUCUAACAGAAGCUGUUCCAGCCCCUGAUGGCCUUCUAUGCUCUUCUAGUUCUCUCUGAGGGACUCAAGUCCCCCACAAGUAUAGUGUUCACUAAGUUGCCGGGAAGCUUGGCUUCCAGGCCUGAAAGCUAUGGACCUCUGGUCAAGCUGCGUGCCUAUGCCUGGCCAGGCAGAACUGGGAAAACGAGGAGUUGUAAACAAAGAAGUCAAGGCAGCCUUGAGGCCACUGUACUGGGCUGGACAGGAAUAGUUACGUCAGAACCUUCAACAGGUCUAUUUGAAGUGACUGCUAUCAGUUCUGACUUGGGGAAUAUGGUUGAACAUGUCAAAGUAAGCUUGUUUUGUUUUACGAGACAGGGUUUCUCUGUGUUGCCCUGGCUGUCCUGGUACUUGCUCUGUAGACCAAACUGGCUUUGAACUCGCAAAGAUCUGCCUGCCUCUGCCUCCCAAGUACUGGGAUUAAAGGUGUGUGCCAACAUUGCCUGGCAGAAUGAAUUUUUUCAAUGGUCAAAUUAGACAAGUUUUUUUCUUCGCAAAUGAAGUGUGAAACAUAGCUGGUGGGUUCUGACUUGUCACCUACAGGCUCUUAAGGUACUUUAGACAAGGGAGGAGUCUGUCUCUCGGGUGCUAUCCUAUCCCUUUCCUGUAUUUCCCAGUGCUGGGACUCAUUCCUGGGUGAAGGAACGAAGCCCUCUAUGAGCCAGGGUGGUGGCAAAAAGCUGAUUCAAGUUUCUGUAAGUGGGGCUUCUGCUUCUACUGUCUUUUUAUUUCAUAAUAAAGCUCUACAUGCAAAUUGCAAAUGAAUCUCCAUGUGCCUUUUUCUGGGUUCUGCUUUGCCUAAGGUACUAUUUACAGUUUGGGAGCCUGUCUACACAGGUGUCCAGGGUUCAGCAGGAAGAUCACAGGCCCCACAUGGCUGGGCACUGAGGCAGGAAUCUUGGUGUUGUCCAGGC